GUCAAAGGGCCACUGACUAAGCACUUUAAAAUCUUUAAGUUUAUGAAUAACUACCAGAAAUGGCGUUAUCUGAAGAAGAUAUUAGUUCUUCCGUCACUGAACCAGACGAAAACACGAGGGGUUUCACUUUUCAGCAGACGAUGAUUCGGGUAAAAGAUCCUAAAGUGUCGCUCGAUUUCUACACACGUGUGAUGGGCAUGAGGCUUUUACAGAAGUAUCACUUCCCAGAAAUGAAGUUUUCCUUGUAUUUUCUUGGAUUUGAAGAAGCAUCAGCCAUUCCAGAAGAUGCCGAUGAGAGGACCAAGUGGCUUUGUGCUCAAAAAGCAACUUUAGAAUUAACACAUAACUGGGGAACAGAGAAUGACCCUGAUUUGAAAUACCAUAAUGGAAACUCUGAACCAAAAGGAUUUGGUCACAUUGGUUUCACUGUGCCUGAUGUGGACAAGGCCUGUGAGCGUUUUGAAAAGCUUGGGGUGAAAUUUGUCAAAAAACCUAAUGAUGGUAAAAUGAAAGGAAUUGCAUUUGUUGAAGAUCCUGAUGGCUACUGGAUUGAAAUUCUCAAUGGAGAAAAUCUUCUCAGUGUCACCAAAGCUUUUGCUUCUUAGAAGCAUUUCUGAUGUUUUGAGAUUCAUCAUUUUUGAAAAUGUAUACUCAACAACUGAUCAGCAACAAACUGUCUUUAGAAACUUUAGAACCAAAGUAUUUUCAUCUAAAAAAUAACAAUAAUGAUCACUAACUUUGAAACUGUACAGAUCUAUAAUAAUUAAACUGCAAAAUUCAUGGUAAGACUGCUGAAAAAAUGGGCUGUGUUGUCUCCUUUGUAAUUGUAAGUGUUUCUUUGAGCUUCUUUGUUAAGUUGUGUAUAUCCAUAGCUUUUUCCUUAGUGGGAAUAGACAAUGUGUUCAAUAAACACAGGAGAUUGUGGUAUU